GUGAGCGAACAAUGCCAGGAAUUGAAGUCACAAGGACCUGUCAAGCGAUCAGAGACGAGAAGCAGAUUCGUCUGAUCAUUAUUGCUGAGACCCAUCUCGUCAAUAUAAGCUCGGGGUUGAGGAGGAAAGAUCUAGCUUUAUUUUGUACAGAUGAGGAAUGCAGAACUCAUCUUCAUUCCGACACCGACUGUCGGCCAUCUGGUUUCGAUUCUUGAAUUUGCGAGGCGUCUGAUUGAUCAAGAUGAUACGAUUCGGAUCACCAUCCUCUUGAUGAGGCUAAGAGGUCAACCUCGGUUGGACCCUUAUGCCAGAUCGCUCGCUUCUUCUCAGCCCUUUGUCCAGAUCAUCGACGUGCCAGAGUUAGAGGAUAACCGUACUUCUGUCACACAGUCCGUGGAAGCCCAUGUGUAUACCGUCGUCGAGAAAAACAUACCUCUGGUGAGGAAUAUAAUCAUGGAUGUCUUGUCUUCUCGUGCUUUGGAUGGAGUUCAGGUCAAAGUCAAAGCAUUAGUUCUUGAUUUCUUCUGUCUUCCCAUGGUUGACCUCGCAAACGAGGUGAGUCUCCCUCCUUAUGUGUUCUUGACCACCAAUGCCGGGUUCCUAGCCCUGAUGCAGUAUCUGUCCGAACGACAUGGGAAAGAUACCUCGGCUUUUGAAAGGAAUUCUGAAGAAGAGUUGUCCAUACAAGGCUUUGUAAACACUGUUCCUACGAAAGUUCUGCCUUCAGCCCUCUUUUGGGAAGAUGGUUAUGAUGCUUACCUGAAACUAGCCAGGCUGUUUGCAAAGGCUAAGGGUGUUCUAGUGAACACAUCAAUUGAUAUUGAGCCAUACUCUAUGAACCAUUUUCUCCAUGAACAGGGUAGCUAUCCUUCGGUUUAUCCCGUCGGCCCCGUGCUCGACUUGAAUGCCCAUCCCCACCCAGAUCUGGACCUUGCCCGUCGUGAAGAAGUGAUCAAAUGGCUUGAUCACCAACCCGAGGGUUCUGUUGUAUUCCUUUGCUUUGGGAGCAUGGGGAGAUUGCCGAGCACUCAAGUGAAGGAAAUAGCAAAUGGGCUUGAGCUAUGCAGACACAGAUUUCUGUGGUCGCUCCGGACAGAACAACAAGGCCCUGAUAGUCGUCUUCUACCCGAGGGAUUCCUCGAAAGAAUCGGUGGACGGGGAAUGGUUUGCGGGUUUGCCCCGCAGGUGGAGAUAUUGGCCCAUAAGGCGGUAGGAGGCUUCGUUUCUCACUGCGGGUGGAAUUCAAUACUAGAGAGCUUGUGGUUUGGUGUGCCUAUUGUGACAUGGCCUAUGUAUGCCGAGCAACAGCUUAAUGCCUUUAUGAUGGUGAAAGAACUGGGGCUUGCCUCAGAGAUGAGGCUGGACUACAGGUCACGUAGUAGUGGCGGCGAGCUCGUAACGGCAAACGAGAUAGAGAAUGGUAUUCGGUGUUUGAUGGAGGAGAAGGAUAAUGCGUCGAGGAAGAAGGUGAAGGAGGUUUCCCGAAUGGCGAGGAAAGCUGUGAUGAAUGGCGGAUCUUCGUUUGUUGCCAUUGAAAAGUUUAUCCAUGACAUCCACCAUAGGGAGUAGUCGUUUAUAAAAAAAAAAAUCAAGCUUGUCAAGUGUCUGAGGUCAACGUUCUUAACAAAUGUCGUCAACGGAGUUGCCUUUGUGUUUUGUUUUAAAUAAGACCAAAAACU